AUGAUAGGCAUCCACCGAAUUUCUUUCAACCAUACAACAUUCUCUCGCUUUCAAAACAAUCCUGCUCAAGUUCGUGUCCUUUGUUUAGUUCUUACCGCACCAAAAUAUUUUGAUACUCGAACACGAGCAGUACAGUCUACUUGGGGUCGACGAUGCGAUGGUCUAUUUUUUAUCACAGAAUCAUCGAAUAAUACUCAAGGCUUACCUAUAGCACCGAUUGCCAAUAUUACACCUGGCUACGAGCAUUUAACGCAAAAAGUCGUUUUAGCGUUACAAUAUGCAUAUGAAUAUCACUUCAAUAACUUCGAUUGGUUCGUCAAAGCUGAUGAUGAUACUUAUAUUUUUAUGGAAAAUAUGAAGACAUUUUUGAGCAAACAGAACACCUCUAAACCGGUCUCAUUCGGAUGGGUUUCGAAGAUUAAAGGCUAUCUCCAGGGCGGUGCUUCCUAUGUAUUAAGUCGAGAAGCACUGAAACGUUUCAAUCAAGGUCAUCAAAAACCUAAUACAAUGUGUCGCAAAUAUGAAGGUGAUGAAGAUAUCGAAAUUCGUGCAUGUCUUCGUAGUGAAGGUGUGUACAUGGGCAACUCGCGCGAUGAAAAAAAUCGUGAACGCUUUCACCCUCUAAACUUCUAUAGUCAUUUCGUCGGUCCUAUACCAGAAUGGUAUAAGCAGAGAGCAGCACGUUGGCCUGUAACUAGUUACGAAUGCUGCAGUGCAGAUGUAAUAUCAUUCCACUACGUUCCUUGGAAUGAACAAUAUUUAAUUGACUCAAUGUGGUAUCGAUUUGGAAGUGCAAGAUAA